AUGGCUUCACUCAGAAUUCUUUUCUUAUGCUUGGCCGUCGUGCUUUUGCUGUGCAUUCGUUCGGAAGCAAGAGAGUUUGUCGUAUGCGGUGAAAAUAAUUUAUGGGAAGUUCCAUCUUCUGUUGAUGAAUUCAACAAAUGGGCUGAGAAAACUCGUUUUCAGAUUGGUGAUUCUUUAGUUCUGAAGUAUGAUUCCAAGACUGAUUCAGUGCUGGAAGUGAGCGAGGAGGACUACAAAAUCUGCAACAAGGCCAAUCCAAUAAAAUCACACCAUGAUGGAGAAACUAAAAUUUCACUGGAAAAAUCAGGCCCAUUUUUCUUCAUCAGUGGGGCUGAAGAACAUUGCCAGAAUGGUCAAAAGCUAGAGGUUAUAGUUCUGUCUGAUAAACAUGGCUCUGGCCACCACUCUACGGCGCAAGCGCCUUCUCCUCAUCACCACCGCCACUUCUACCGUGCACCAGCACCAGCCCCAGCCCCGACUAAGGGUGGUACUGGGGUGAAGGCAGCGGUGGGGUUAAUUGGUGGCACUGCGGUGGUGGGAAGUUUGGUUUUGCUUUGUUUAUGA